UGAACCCAAGGCUGAAGUCCAGUUGUGACUGGGCAGGCUGGCAGGCGUUGUGCGAGGAUUUCGGUAAACUCUUACUGUAAACUCUGCUGUCGAAAGCACUGUUUGCAUUCAGUCAGUGAAGACUAAUACAGCAAAGAUUUUAUGUACUGGUAAAUGAUCUGAAGCUGAGUGAAGAAAAGGAUGAAGAGUUUGAGAUACUGGCUGCCAGUGGGGGCCAUGCUGCUUCUUAGUGUGGCUGGAGUCGACAUGAAGCAUCUCCAAGCUGAGAAUCUAAAUCUCAUCCCCCCAGAUCAGCAUAACUUGGUCUUGAACCCCGGAAUGAGAGUGCUGCCCAGAGACUGCUAUGAAAUGCUCAUGACGUCUUCAGGUACGGCCAGAGAUGGCGUGUACCUGAUCCAACCAGGCGAUUCCUCCAUUGUGGCUUACUGUGCCAUGCAGGAGGGGGGCUGGACUGUGGUGCAGCACAUCACCGUCAACAGCAGUGUGAGUUUCGAUCAAACCUGGGCUGAGUACAAGCAGGGUUUUGGGGAUGUAACUGGCGAUCACUGGCUUGGAAAUGAAUACCUCCAUCAGCUCACCAAUGGCCCCGGCCGCUAUAAACUGGGAGUAAAACUAGUCGACCGAAACGCCGUUACUAAGCUGGGGGAGUAUGACCCGGUUCUGGUAGAGGAUGAAUCAUCAGGGUACAGACUAAGGCUGGGGUUGUUUCAGGGCACAGCUGUAGAUGCACUGACCCUGGACACAGAGAACUACCUGCAUGACAACCAAAGAUUUACCACUAAAGACAGAGACAAUGACAACUAUUUCCAAAAUUGUGCAAAGCUGGAGUUUCAGGGGGUUCCAGGAGGAGGUUGGUGGUACGACGCCUGUGCUGGUGCCAACCUCAAUCGCAGAAAUGUCAUCUACUGGCAAAAAGACUGCAACAAGGAGCGACUGUGCAAGUAUGCUUGGAUGAUGGUGAGACCUUCAGACACAGUUAAACUAAUUCACAGUGGAGACUGUAAGAAAGAUGAACUGUGAGUAAGACACUCACAGGAUAUAUGAUGCUGCAUCACACCGGGUAUGAAGGCUAUCGAGUGUGAAUGUUUUUCGAUAUUUUUGAAAGGUUUUCUUCGCAUACGAACAUUCAAUUCACCACAUUUUAUUCAGAAAUGCAUGGACAUGAUCACAAAGUACUGACACAAACAAAACAUAAGUCACAAGCUCUGAACACAGUAUAAAAAUGCACAAUGGUUUAGCUCAAGCUUCGUUUCCAUCUUCACAAUAUAUUAAGCAAAGCAUCUUUUCAUUACCCAAAUCACAAGUGCAGAAUUCUGGUUUAUCACAGUUACAAAAAUGUGCUUUAUGACAUUUUAGCUUAUGACACAUGUAAAACACCUUUUAUAUUUCAACUCUCAUCAUAUGCUUACAGAACAUUUCACAAACAGCAUUUUUUUUGCCACAGUACACAACAAUUUGUCCAGAAAUGCCAUCAAAAUCAGAUGAUUUAGUUACAGUAAAUGAGAGAAAAACAAAUACUGUAACUCAAAGCUCGUAAAAAAAAAAGAAAAUAUCCUGAGGAUGAAGAAUAAUAAACAGAUCAUAAUCAAUAGUGUUUGCCAUUCCCAUUGUAAACACUGACAUUUUUUUGCAAGUUUGUAUUGUAGCUAAUUUAAAAGGACUAAAAAGCCUUUGUAGGGUUGGACUGCACAGAUUGGGAUUGAAUUAGUUUCAGUGUGGGGGUUAUUUAUUAAUUUUUGUGAAAUGAUUUUACGUUAUACCACUGAGAUUUUGCAGGAUAUCAAAUAUUUGUGAGAACAAUAAAGCUGAGUCUAUAUUCAUUCCUCUGACACAUGGCACUGGCAACAUAUGAGAAGGCUUUGAUUAUCAUCAAGUUACAAUCUUGACUUCGCAAGCAGAUUCUGACAUCAGGACGACACUCAUUAGCCCUUCCAAAGAAAGUAGCAAUUCAAAAAAGUGAAUUUCCAAUACAAACACAAUACAGUACCUACAAAAUGAAAUUUUUUUUUGUUUUUGGAUGUAAGAGCAUUAACUUCAGGGACACUGGCAUUUUGUCAUGUUUUUAGAACUCAAAUAAAGUUUAAAUUAUUAUUUUGAAGCAAUUUUUCAUGUUCUUUUCAUACCAGACUGUUUAAGUUGAAUAAACUGUGCAAUUAAAUAUGA